UCGCUGCCAUGGCGGAUCCCGGGCGGCUGGAGUGGCUGGAGCGGCGUGUGCGGGAGCUGGAGGAGGAGCUGGGCCGGGAGAAGCGCGGGCGGGGAGCAGCGCGGGCCCGCAUCGACACCAUGAGCGCCGAGGUGACCGAUUCCAACCCCUACAGUCGCUUGAUGGCGUUAAAAAGAAUGGGAAUUGUCAAAGACUAUGAGAAAAUCCGUACCUUCACAGUUGCAGUAGUAGGUGUUGGGGGCGUUGGCAGUGUGACUGCUGAAAUGCUGACCAGGUGUGGCAUUGGUAAGCUGCUUCUGUUUGAUUAUGACAAAGUGGAACUGGCAAACAUGAACAGACUCUUCUUCCAACCUCAUCAAGCUGGAUUAAGUAAAGUACAAGCAGCAGAACAUACUUUGAGGGAAAUUAAUCCUGAUGUUCAGUUUGAAGUACAUAACUACAACAUCACAACACUGGACAACUUUGAGCACUUCAUGGAUAGAAUAAGUAAUGGUGCACUGGAGGAAGGGAAGCCUGUGGAUCUGGUUUUAAGCUGCGUGGACAACUUUGAAGCUCGUAUGGCAAUUAACACGGCCUGCAAUGAACUUGGGCAGAUCUGGAUGGAGUCUGGAGUGAGUGAAAAUGCAGUGUCAGGACACAUCCAGCUGAUCAUACCUGGUGAAUCCGCUUGUUUUGCGUGUGCUCCUCCACUGGUAGUAGCUGCAAAUAUUGAUGAGAAGACAUUGAAACGAGAAGGAGUUUGUGCAGCCAGUCUUCCUACAACCAUGGGUGUUGUGGCAGGAAUGCUUGUACAAAAUGUUCUCAAAUACCUGUUAAAUUUUGGUACUGUGAGUUAUUAUCUUGGAUACAAUGCAAUGCAGGAUUUCUUCCCAACUAUGUCUAUGAAGCCAAACCCCCAAUGUAGUGACCACAAUUGCAGAAAACAGCAAGAAAAUUAUAAGAAAAAAGAAGCUGCAAGACCAAAAGAAGAAGUAAUUGAAAAGGAAGAAGAAAUAGUACACGAAGACAAUGACUGGGGCAUUGAAUUAGUAUCAGAAAUUUCAGAAGAUGAACUGAAGGCAGCAUCUGGCCCGGUACCUGAGCUUCCUGAGGGAAUUAGUGUAGCAUAUACUAUCCCAGACAAGGAAGAGAAUUUAAUAACUGGGGAGGCAGUAGCAGAAUCUGAAGAAAGCCUAGAAGAACUCAUGGCCAAAAUGAGAAACAUGUAGAAAAACAAAUAUUAAGUACAACUUUCAUGAGUUUGGAUGGACCUUGGAUUUUUAGAAGACCACACUUCUUACUUUUUUCUUUUUUUUACCUCCAUUGAAGCUCACCUUUACUUUUCUGAUGAAACAACUUACAAUGUUACAGGGGCAGGAAGGACACAGACUUACAUUAUUUAUAUUCUAUUUUCUCAUCAUGUCUUUCUUAACAGAUAGGGUUGUGCUACUGUAAAUUUGUUUCUCAGCAUUGCUAGUGUCCAGGUAUAAAGUGACAAAUAAAAGCACCUGUACAAACUGAAAAAGCAGGCACACGACAUUAUAUAUCCCAUCAUGUGAUGAGAAUAGCACAUAGAACAGGCUAAGGGAAAGAUGAAAUCUGCUGGAGUGGACUGAGUAGGUGAAGGGCAAAUGACAAUGCCUCUCUCAUGUUGCUGCUCCUCAUUUCCCAGGCAGUUGUACUUGGUUGUCAUUCACUGGUCUAAAGUCUUGGUGUGGACCAUGCUGUAGCUACUUUUUCUGAGUAAUGAGAGCAUCUAUGCCUUUUCAUCUGCCUUAAAUAUUUCUGGGAUGGAAUUUUCUUUAUCAGUGUCUUACUACUGCUUGUCCUUAAACAGCUGCCUAUGUUUUGUAUGUGAAGUUUUGAGAAUACUGUAAGAAGGUGAAGUAUUUUGUUAGUAUUACAUUAGCCUGCAUAUUAGCGUGCCAUUAUUUUGUUUGGCAGAUUCUUUCCAUGACAAAAUUAUGAGCAACAUUGGAAAAAAUGUAGAUUUUGUCUACCUUUUUAAAAGUCUAAAUAUUAUAUUUUUGUUGGUUACUGAAAGUUGAGCUGUAAUUCUGAUCACUGCUAAUCACAUGGGCUAUAUUAAGGAAUAUAAAUCUGAAUUUGCAUAGGAAGUCUUCUAAAAUUAGAGGCUAUAAAUUUUUAGUUUUGCAAAUAUCUUAA